AUGCAAGUGCCAAGAAUCCUUGUUUGGGUAUUGCAGCUCUUCCUGCUACUCAGCCAUCAAUAUGCUGACGCAGUGCUCUCAAUUUCCAUCCCAGUAGCCCACCUUGAGGGGGUGUUUGAGGUAUCCGCACUGAGCGAAGGAGCUCAUACAUACAGUCACCGUGGAGAUGGUGGUAUCAUUCAAGCGAGGGACACCACUGAGCCAACCGAGUUGACUACCUUCCCAACUGAUACCAUCACAUUGGAACCAUCUGCCUCGGACAUGACGUCGAUGGCCACAACGUCCACGUCUGAUUCUACCACCUCGAGCUCUUCAAUGACAACAGAGUUGAUGACAACCAGCUCGACGGCCGGUACCGCCUCAUUGACAAAUGCACCAACAGCAACUCCUACAGGCAUGACCGCCAAAGAAAUGGAGGGUGGGUUCUCAGACUUGGCGACAAUCAGCGAUACGACUAACAAAAUUCAGAUUGGAACCACCAGGGUAAAAUAA